UGUUUGGGAAAUGUUUGUUGAAAUUAAUUCUAAAACGUUUUCUGAUGAGUCUGUUCAGUUCGAUAAUCUGUGUUUUAAAAAUAAUAUCAAAGUUCAUCCAAAUAAUACAGUUGAAGGUAAUAUAAUGAUUCAGUGGGGAUCUGGUCAUUUUGAAUACAAUUUAAACGAUGAGGUCAUUUUUUCUGGUCAAAUAAGCUUCUUGAACAAUGUACAUUCAAAUAUAAAUACAAAAAAAAUUAUGGAAUUAGAUGUAACAUCUGAUGAGUUCCAAGGGUGUGUACUGGAAGAAGAAAUAUAUGCAGUUUUUGAAAACAACGGAUUCAACCUAGGAGACGAUUACAAAAAUAUAACCAAAUUUGAUAUUUAUAAAAAUUAUAUCCAAGGAAAUAUAAAAUGGAAAAAUGAUUGGAUUUACUUUCUUGAUGGCUUAUUGAAAUUUCCUAUAUUAGAACAUUUAGGUACAUGUCCAAUAGAAACUCCGAUUUCCGUUAGACAAAUUAGUAUAAACCCAACGAUGUUCAAAACAAAUAACGAAAAAGAUGUAAGUGUAAAUUACAACACAGCAACUAAAGAAAUAACAUGUGAUGGAAUAAAUAUAACAGGUGUAAAAAACGGGCAUUUAGUAUUGCUGAAAACUAAUUCUGCAGUAGUCCAUUUACAAGAAGAUAUAUUUAUUCAAUUCAACCUCUCACGAUGCAAAAACAUCGACCAAUUCAUCUACGACUCUAUGGAUAUAAUAACAGAUAAUUUCGAUAAAACCUCUGAAAAACUAAUUUUAUGUACUCCGUACCAUUUUGACGAUCAGAUAUCUAAAUUAUGUACAAAAACAAUCAAACAAAUCUUUGAAAAUCAACUAUCAAUGAAUAAUGAGAUAUUAAACUGGCACGACGUUGAGAAACAACCAGAAAAUGAUGAAUCUAGAAAAUUAAUCACAGUCACUAAUGUUAAUUACUUACAAGAUACGAUGAGAGCUUUAGUCAAUAUAAAAUGUGGUUACAUAAUAGUGUGUUCAAAAAAAAAACUACAAGACCUCAAAGAUUGGAAAAUAAUCACACAACAACGAUUUGACAAUAACAACUGUUUAGGAUUGAUGAAAAAGGUAAUGACCGUAGGAAAAAAUAUAAUAUCUAUAAAACCAACAAAUGAUUUAUACGAUUUGAGCAUUUGGAGAGCAUUAGAAACAUAUAAUUCAUCAAAAGACAUGAUCUAUAUAAUUUCAAGGUCUGCGCCAUUAGAAGGCAUCACCACUUAUGUUAAAGAAAUGUUGCAUAAGUAUAAAUCAAAGAAAUUAAGAUUCGUGUUUAUUUUGGAUUCAAACGCACCAGAUUUUGACUCCCAUCAGUCAUUCUAUACACAUCAACUAUCGAAAGAUUUAGUAGUAAAUAUUUUUAAAAAUGGUGGUUGGGGUUCUUAUAAAAGAAUUGUUCUUCAAGAUUUAAAAGACAAUAUUAAAGUCAACAAAAAUUUAGAAUUUAAAAAUGUCACUACAAAAACUAAAAAUAAAUUGGCAGUAAAAUAUCUAGGUUUAAAUUUCAAAGAUUUAGUUGUUGAAGAAAGCACGGAAAAUGAAUUUGGACUUUUGGAGUACUCGGGGUAUGUUGAUAACAAAACCAUUAUGGGAAUCACUUCACUCAAAGAAAUGUCAUCUAAGAUGAUUUAUGACCCGCUAUUAUCAUGGCCUGUACCAUCUACGUGGUCAUUGGAAGAAGCGACUACUGUUCCUCUAACUUACGCUAUGACCUAUUAUGUGUUCAAUAUCUUAUGUAAUCUCCAAAAGAAUAAUUCUAUUUUAGUAACUUCGGGGUUGCACCCUAUUGGUCAAGCUGCGAUUGCGAUAAGCUUAGGUAUUAAGUGCGAGACAUACGCUAUUGUAGAAUCGGACCAUCAAGCAGAACAACUUUCUAGUAUCUUCCCAGAGCUAUCGCGGUCAAAAAUACUUAUAAACACAAACGACAAUUUCGAUGUUCAACUAAAAAUGAUAACCAAGUCAAAGGGUAUAGAUAUUAUAUUGAACUUUUUGAAUGGUAAUGCAUUCCAAGCUGCAUUUCGUGCAUUAGCUUUUUUUGGAAAUUUAUUCCAUUUCUCAAAAUCAGAUAUGAAGAACCAAAGACAUUUAGGUACACGAAUAUUCUUGCGAAACACGUCGUUUUUCGCUGUCAGUUCAAACAUGUUGUUAAAUGAAAGUGAUCACAACAAACAAAUUGUACAGCAAGCACUUAUGGAUGGAUUAAAUAAAGGCAUUGUUAAACCUAUGCGUAGUCGUAUCGUAACUUCGUCGUUUGGUGGUGGUAACAUUUUUGACACAAUGAGAACUAACGCUUCAUCAGUAACGUCUGAAAAAGUGGUAUUGUCAUUAAACAAUAGUAUCAAUAAUGUUGAGAGUUCUAAUUUAAAGGAAAAAAUCGAAUGUAAUAUUAUGUAUGAAUGUCAUCCUGAUAAAAUUUACCUAAUAGUUGGAAAUAGAGGAGAUUGGAUAGACCUCGCCGAAUGGUUGGUCGAACGAGGAGCUCAAAAAAUUGUAAUCGUGGUCAAAAGGUGUUUAAUGUCAUCGACUGUUUGUAGAAGAUUUGAUAGACUCAUCUCUCGAAACGUAUCCAUACAAAUUGAAUCAGAUUUUAAUUUAAAAACAAAAGAGGAAUCACUUAAUUGGUUAAAUUAUUUGACAAAUUUUAAAGUUUUAGAUGCAAUUUUUAUUGUCAACCAGAUUGAUAUUAAUAAAAUGAAUAAUCUUCGAUAUGCUUUUGAAAAACAUAUGAACCAAACACUAACGACUUCAUUCGUAUGUAUAUUAAGUAACGGAAGUUCUAUUUGUGCUGAGCUCAAAUCAAUUGGUUUUAACGCUUUUAAUAUUUCUUGGGAUGGAAUGUCUUCGACACCGACAAAUACAACCAAAAUAUUGCCUUCGUUGGAUAUUUUAUUACAGAAAUCAUACGCAGCAGACUCUUCUUCAUUCGUGUGCUCUGAACCCGGCUCUCUUAAAUCCGAGUGCUAUCAACAAAUUAAUAAUAUUAUCACAAAUAUUUUACCCGAAUCAAGUGAUGAGUUACAUUGUCUUAAUGAUACACAAACUCAAGAAACAGAAUUUGUUGAAGUCUCGACAAGAAGUCCUAGAUUAUCACAACUGAAAUCUGUAAUGCCUGUGUUCUUAAUACCGGGAUUUAAACCAAAACUCAUAAAAGCGUUUUAUGAAAAAUUGAGUUACCCAGUUUUUGAAGCUCAAUUACCAGACGAUAUCGGCUCGAUUGAUGAAAUAUCACAGAUUUUAGUAAAUAAACUAAAAAAGAUUACAAAUCAAAAAUAUGUAUCUCUAAUUGGUGAAACUUGGGGCGGAACUGUUGCUCUUAAAAUGGCUCAAAUAUUGGAAGCGGAAGGAACAUUGACUACCGUAACAUUAUUAGAAGGCGAUCCAGAAAUAUUGGUUGGAUGUGCGAAACAUUUUCUCUCUAAUGGAUAUAUUACCAAAAAACUUAACUCGAUAUAUGGUACAUUAUCAAGUGAGUUAUCUAUACAUACAAUAAAAAAAUACGAUGAAGAAUUUCAGUUGAUAAACAUAUCUGCUUCUCAAAAACAAUUUGAAAAAAACACUCAGAAAGCUUUAAAUACUAUUCGCUGUAGAUUACAAGCAUUACUAGAGACCAAGCCACUUACGAAUAAAAUACAAUCAAAAGUUGUAAUAUUUAGAUACGAAAAAACGUCUAAAUUUUAUAGUACCAACUUAAAAGAUUAUUGUAUCAACCCGCCAUUUGUAAAUAUAAUUUCUGGAAUGGAUUAUAAACACAUGAUGGUAGACGAGAAAAUGAUUGAAAUGAUUAAUAAUAACGUUGUUUAUUCAUAUCCGAUCGGAGUGGAAUUGCCAUUGUGCGAUAAAUACAAAAAUGUCUACUUUUAUAUGCAAAAAUACUUAAAAAAUACGUAGAUGAAAAUCACAAAGAUAUAGUAGUUUGCUUUUCUGUUCUAUAUAAAUGUUGAAAUUGUUAAUGGUAAUUAUAUUUUGAUUAAAGUCUUUCAAAACUCAAAA